AUGCAGCCCAUGUUAAGCAGCUCCGCUGCGUGCCAAGGGGCGCGCGGGCGGUUCUUUUGGACAGCGAUCGAGUACUACUUCCACCGUAUCGUGCUGCACGGCGAGCUGAAUCUUGACCCGAAUGCCGAGGCUGACCCAGACCAGCUCGCAAAGAUCUUCAGCGCGCAUACUCACCAUCAUGUAUUCAUGAACCAGCGUUUCCGCAUCGUGCUACCAUUGAAGGAGUGUUAUUUGCACCAGGGUGGGCCAGGCUUUCUGUUGUCCUGUUUGGUGUUGCCGCAAUCUGUUGUUUGGCCGCUCUUUUGUGGCUUUUUGACAGGCUCAGUAUUCUACGACGCUGUUCAUUUGUCGUGCCAUUUUGAUGACGUGUUGCCAAAAUGGGUCACUUCGACACGCUGGUUCGAGGAAAGAAAGAGCGCACACAUGCGGCACCACUACCGCGACAACUCCAAAGAGUUCGGCGUUACAGCAGGUCUUUGGGAUUGGAUCAUGGGCACACUGCAAGCGGGAGAGAAGGGCAUCCAAAAGCCUUAG